UAAUGAGUUUUAAAAGUGAAAGAAGAUGUGCUUGUUGGCAUGUUUUCUAGUGGUACAAUAUUUUUCGACUGUUAUCGUAUCAAAAGACGUAAACAUACUGUACGUUCGCAAAGACAAGGGGAUUAGAGUGUUAGAGUUAUGGAAUAUUUCAAAUGUGUACUGUGGAAAGUUUGAUAACGAACAUGCAUACCGGAACGACUAUAUUGACUAUGUUGCCCUAGAUUGUAUAGAAGCGCUUACAGUAAGGAUUUUCCAAAAUGACAAUAAGCAGUUAACAUUGACGUACAGGAGUAUCAACUCAAAGAAUUUAGAAAGCAUCCUUAGUCGAAAGCCUGACAGUGCAAUCUCACCAAAAUUGCACGAUAAACGAAGGGUGCCUCUAUCAACAGACCAAUACCGUGUAAACAAAGGUAAUUACGAAUUCAUGUGGACAAAUGAAGAGGGCGUUAAAAUAUAUGCUGCAAUGUACUAUAAUAGUGAAUCAUCAUCCACUCCAAAAUUCUACUACUCAGAGAGAGAUAACGGCGAUACAUAUGAUAAUCCUGGAGAUGCUGAAAAACCUUCUGGAAUGAGAAGCGUUCAUAAAGUUAGGAUUUCCAUUACGGUAAAAGAUGAGUAUAGAUGUAAUGAAGAUGAUUUCGACCAUUCCAACCAUAUGAAUAAAUGUCCAGACUUCAAACCUCCAACUGUUACUUCAACUAAAACUACCUAUACUGAAGAGAUCGGAAGCAAUGUUACACUCAAGUGUCAACAUGCUGCAAACAACGACCCUGUUACAAAGGUUGAAUGGUUAUUUCAAAAUAUAAUUGGUAAUUCAUACGGAGUACAAAUUGUUAUCAAUACAAAUGUGGCGAAGUAUGGUGGAUCUACAGUAGCUUCUCCUUCAUUAAUAAUUUAUAACAUCAUGCCAGAUAAUAUUGGGGAAUAUAAGUGCCAAGCUUUUACAGAUUAUGCUUCGAAACCAGGAUCUGGUCCUCCCAUUGUCGUUGGGUUACAAGGAGGUAUUUAUUCAAAUUAGAAUCACCUUAUACAGAAUAACUGUUAACGAAAUAAGAAGACAUCAAAGGGAACAAUAAAAAAAAUCGUAUGACUGACUACACCAUGACAAAAUUAUAAAAAGACGAAAAAAAAAAAAACAGGUGGUAAAACAACACGCACUGAAAUUUGAGCAACACAAACAUCAAUAAAAUCUGGGAUGAUUUUAAAUACUUCAGAAAGACAAGCGAUAAUUUAUUUAUCAUUAUAAGUUAAUAAAGACAGAAAUAAACAUUUUUUUUGCAAAAACAUCCAUGUUUUUAAUCUCAUAUAAAAAUAAGAACAUGUGGUAAGAUUGCCAAACAGACAACUCUCCCCCAGGAAAUAAAUGACGUAGCUAUAUAGAAGUUAACAACUAUAAGUCACCGUACUGACUUUAUCAAGGAGCAAAACCAAUACCGCACAGUAAGCUAUAAAAAGUAUCGACAUUACAAAUGUAAAACAAUUUGAACGAGACAACGAACGGCAUGAUUUAUGUACGAAACAAUAAAGAAAAAACAAAUAUGAUAUACAGCAACAAACGACAAACACUGAAGUACAGGCUCCUGACUGGGGAAAGCACCUACAGAAUAUGGAGAGGUUAAACAUGUUUGCUGGCGCUUAAACCUCCCGUUAAGCUGGGACAUCGGUGAAACAGAUCAACAUAAGCACAACUAUAAAAAUCAUUUGAAAAGGCUUAAAUCAUCUGAUCGAUACAAAGCACAAAAAACUAACAAAAAACACAAAAGAAACAAACUAAAGAUCU